GAGAUGUCUCAGCUGUAUUACCGCCGACCCGACAACUCGUCCUACCAUGACCGCAUCCCGCUGCGGAUCGUGCGAGCCGAGUCCGAGCUCUCGCCCAUGGAGAAGGCCUACCUGAGCGCCGUGGAGAAGGGCGACUACGCCAGCGUGAAACAGGCCCUGGUGGAGGCCGAGAUCUACUUCAAAAUCAACAUCAACUGCAUCGACCCGCUGGGCCGCACCGCCCUGCUCAUCGCCAUCGAAAAUGAGAACCUGGAGAUCAUCGAGCUCCUGCUCAGCUUCAACGUGCACGUGGGCGACGCCCUGCUCCACGCCAUACGCAAGGAGGUGGUCGGGGCCGUGGAGCUGCUGCUCAACCACAAGAAGCCCAAGGGUGGGAUGCAGGUUCCUCCAGUUCUGCUGGACAAGCAGUUCUCCGACUUCACCCCGGACAUAACGCCCAUCAUUCUCGCCGCUCACACCAACAACUACGAGAUCAUCAAGCUGCUGGUGCAGAGGGGCGUGUCGGUGCCCCAGCCCCACGAGGUGCGCUGCAACUGCGUGGAAUGCGUGUCCGGCUCGGAUGUGGACAGCCUGCGUCACUCGCGCUCGCGCCUCAACAUCUACCAGGCCCUGUCCAGCCCGUCUCUGAUCGCCCUGUCCAGCGAGGACCCGUUCCUCACGGCCUUCCGCCUCGGCUGGGAGCUGCAGGAGCUCAGCAAGGUGGAAAACGAGUUCAAGGCCGAGUACGAGCAGCUGUCGCACCAGUGCAAGCAGUUCGCCAAGGAUCUGCUGGACCAGACGAGGAGCUCCCGGGAGCUGGAGCUCAUCCUCAACUACAGGGACGACAUCAACCCGCUGGAGGACGAGGGCAACGAUCUGGCCAGGCUCAAGCUGGCCAUCAAGUACCAUCAGAAGGAGUUCGUAGCCCAGCCGAACUGUCAGCAGCUCCUGGCGUCCCGCUGGUACGACGAGUUUCCGGGUUGGAGGCGACGUCACUGGGCCAGCAAGCUCAUCACGUGCAUCCUCAUCGGCCUGAUGUUCCCUCUCUUCUCUGUCUUCUACCUGAUAGCGCCCAAGAGCCACUACGGCAAACUCAUCCGCAAGCCCUUCAUCAAAUUCAUCUGCCACACCGCCUCCUACCUAACCUUCCUCUUCCUCUUACUUCUGGCCUCUCAGCACGUGGUGGCGACCGAAGCCAGGAGGCAAGGGCCGCCCGCCACCCCCUUGGAAUGGAUGAUUCUCCCCUGGGUGCUAGGUUUUAUCUGGGCGGAGAUCAAGCAGAUGUGGGACGGAGGCUUUCAGGACUACAUCCACGACUGGUGGAACCUGAUGGAUUUUGUCAUGAAUUCUUUGUAUUUAGCGACGAUCUCUCUGAAGAUCGUAGCCUACAUAAAGUACAACGAUACCAAAGACAGGGACAAGUGGGUGAUGUGGCAUCCCACCCUGGUGGCAGAGGCGCUUUUCGCCAUCGCCAACAUCUUCAGCUCCCUGCGCUUGAUCUCCCUCUUCACGGCCAACUCGCACCUAGGUCCUCUGCAGAUCUCCCUGGGCCGGAUGCUCCUGGACAUCCUUAAGUUCCUUUUUAUCUACUGCCUGGUGCUGCUGGCCUUCGCCAACGGUCUCAACCAGCUCUACUUCUAUUACGAGACCGACGCCGAGCCGGGAGGAUGCAGGGGCAUACGCUGUCCCACCCAGAACAACGCCUUCUCUACGUUAUUUGAAACCCUUCAGUCGUUGUUCUGGUCCAUAUUCGGCCUCAUCAGCUUGUACGUGACCAACGUCCAGCCAAAACACGAGUUCACCGAGUUCGUGGGAGCCACGAUGUUCGGAACGUACAACAUCAUUUCUCUGGUGGUUCUCCUCAACAUGCUGAUCGCGAUGAUGAACAACUCAUAUCAGCUCAUCGCUGAUCACGCCGACAUCGAGUGGAAGUUCGCUCGGACUAAGCUGUGGAUGAGUUAUUUCGAAGAGGGGGCCACGCUGCCUCCUCCGUUUAACAUAAUCCCCAGCCCCAAAUCUGGGUGGUACCUGAUCAGGUGGAUCAAAAAGAACAUCUUCAAGAUAAGGAAAAUGGAGAGACUCACGUCGUUCGGAUCACUCAGUAAAAAAGCUGCUCUGAACGUCCGUAUCAGUCACCAGUACCAGGAAGUGCUGAGAAAUUUGGUGAAGCGGUACGUGGCUGCCAUGAUCCGAGAUGCCAAAACAGAAGAGGGUCUAACAGAGGAGAACUUUAAGGAGUUGAAGCAGGACAUCUCAAGCUUCCGAUAUGAAGUGCUGGGCAUGAUGAAAGGAAACAAACCAGGUCUGUCCUGUUCCAAAGGGAGCACGGGGGCUUCGAACCUGCCCUAUUCCGACCCCAACCCUGGAGGACCGCUGAAAAACAAGUUACACCUUAUUAGUGCUACUACUUCUAUUCUGCAGCAGAACUCGAAAGCGAAGACCCAAAGCACAGAACACUCCCUGGCUAACGGAUCGAUCCCCGUGGCUUCGGACGCGACUGGCGACAGGACGGCGGGUCAUCUCUCUGGACCGCACCACCAGAUCCACCAGGGGGGAGCGAAGAACCCCGGAGGGAUGUAUUCCGUCUGCGAGGAGGUCGACGAAUUCGACUCAGAGGAACCGGGAGAGAAUAAUAAUGAGAAAGUCUGCGAUUUGACUAAGAACAAAAGGAAGGAAUCGGUGAUUGAAGAUGGUAGAAAUGUGGUGGAGGAGGUGCAGAAAACCGUGGAGGAGAUUGAAAAUCUGGCCGACAUACCGUGUAUAUGUGAGGACAUCAUGAAGGACAAGUGUUGUGAAAGCGAGGAGGAAAUAAGAAGAUUAUAA